AUGUCUGCCCCCACUGAACCACACGCUGACCCCUUCCGACACACCUGCCUCAUCCCUUAUGUCGAAGCUGCCACAGCACCGCCCCAUAUCGCUGAGAAAAUCAACGUCCUACCCUUCCGUCGCAAUAUAUUUCUCCUUUUGGCGCACUCCCCGGGCCUAUUCCCACACAUAAUGGGCCUCAUUGGGGGCUGCUUCAACAAGGAUGUUCGCAAGAUCCCCUUGCUAGACUGGCAACUCAUCGUCCUUCGCACUGCCACCACCCUCGGUGCAAAGUACGAAUACGACGUCAACCUCCCCGUCGCUGAAAUUUUCAACUUGGGCGAGGAAAAGAUAGCCGCCAUCGGCUGCACUGCCUUCAGUGUGCGCCAAGGCGAAGGCCCAUGGACUGACCGCCAGCGUGUAAUCCUACGCGUGAUAGACGAGCAGCUCGCAACCUACACUAACACCCCUGGCACGAUCAAUGAUGCAGUGGAGAUCUUGGGUCAUGCGGAGUUGGUUGAGGUGCUCAUUAUUUUGGGGACUUAUUCCACGCUUGCUAGAAUCAUUAAUGGGUUGAGAAUUGAUGAUGAUCAGCCAAUUAGGCCGGAGGGGUUAGAGGAUAUGCUGAAGGCUAGUGUUACGGAGUAG